AAAUGCAUAGAAAACCACACGCCUCUUUCUUGUAAACUCGUUUUAGUCGGCUCAUCUCAAAAGAAAAGAAGAAGAAAACUUCGGUGCAGCAAUUCGACUUGCUCACAAUCAGAAUGUUUUCAAGAUGACUUUGACCUUUGGGAAACUUCUUGGUCGAUUCCCAGUUGUCGCCAGAACCAAUGGGCACAGUCUAUCAAACUGUCAUCAUGCACUUUCUCGCCCAUUGGUUCUCGGUCGAGCACCGGCAGGCUUUGUUGGCCAUAUAAUUCUGCGCCGGGCUUAUUCGGAUCACAAGCGACUAGAUUUGCCGGCGCUCGACCGCAAAUGGAGAGAAAGAUGGGCCGCUGAGAAAAGGGCAACCGGUACUGUAGAUUCGAGUUCUGCUCAGGACUCAGUUUCUACACAACCCGAACCGGACACUUAUGUCUUGCCCAUGUUUCCAUAUCCGUCUGGCUAUCUUCAUCUAGGCCACCUCAGGGUUUAUACCAUAGCGGAUGUCAUAGCUCGCUUUCGCACCCUUCAGGGGAACAAAGUUAUGUUGCCGAUGGGUUGGGACGCUUUUGGCCUUCCCGCUGAGAACGCUGCCAUUGAGAGAGGUAUUGAUCCUUCUGUAUGGACCAAGUCUAAUAUAGCUAGGAUGAAGGAGCAACUAGACGUCAUGAACUCGUCUUGGGAUUGGUCUCGGGAAAUAUCAACGUGUGACCCUGAGUUCUACAAACACACUCAGAAAAUAUUCCUUCUCAUGCAUGAGAAAGGACUUGCCUACCAAGCAGAGGCCGAGGUCAACUAUGAUCCAGUUGACAAGACAGUACUCGCCAAUGAACAGGUAGACGCUAAUGGGUGCUCCUGGCGUUCAGGUGCCAAGGUUGAAAAGCGUCGCUUGAGGCAGUGGUUUCUCAAGAUUUCUGAGUUUCGCGAGCCCUUGCUUCAAGACCUCGACGUCCUCGCAAAAGACGAUGCUUGGCCCGAAAGAGUGCUGACGCAACAGAGGCAUUGGCUGGGCAAGUCCACUGGCGCCUCGGUCAAGUUUCCCAUAUUGGCGGGCGGCAAUGACGUCCACCGUGCCAUUGAGAUUUUCACCACGAGGCCCGAUACCCUAUUUGGCGUACAGUACCUUGCUUUGGCCUCUACUCAUCCUAUUGUGCUUGACUUGGCGAAACAAGAUCCCGAGCUUCGAGCUUUCCUCGAUACCCUCCCAGGACUACCCCAGGAUUCGAAAGUUGGGUACCUUCUACCAAAUUUCCGAGCUAUAAAUCCGCUUGCCUAUCAUGAGGACACGCCAGAUGCCACAAAGACCUCCAUACCCGUCUACGUCGCCCCUUAUGUGCUGGGAGACUACGGCGAAGGAGCUGUGAUGGGUGUCCCAGGACACGAUGCACGGGACCAUGCUUUCUGGCAGACACAUCGCUCGGAGGAGCCUGUCCGUGUUGUUCUCGCCGCCUCGGAAGACGAAUCCACCACAGCAUUUCUCAACGAGCCUUUCCUUGACCAUGGUGUCAUGACGGCGGCAGGGGGGCCUUUCCAAGGCAAGCCAUCCCAUCAAGCCGGUGGCAUGAUGAUACGUAUGCUCGAACAGGCAGGCCUUGCCAAGCCGAUUGAGAAGUGGCGUCUUCGUGAUUGGCUUAUCAGUCGUCAGCGGUAUUGGGGAGCGCCCAUACCCAUAAUUCAUUGCAAGUCUUGCGGAGACGUCCCCGUGCCAGACGAACAGCUCCCUGUGGAACUGCCCCAAGUCGACGGGCAUUGGGCCGAGCGGAAAGCUGGAAAUCCGCUCGAGACGGCUGAGGAAUGGGUGGAGACCACAUGCCCAAAAUGCAGUGGACCAGCCAGGCGCGAUACAGACACCAUGGACACCUUUGUGGAUUCGAGCUGGUAUUACAUGCGCUUCAUCGAUCCUCACAACAGUGCCGAACCGUUUUCGGUCGAAAAGGCAAAGACUCUCCUACCUGUGGAUCUGUAUAUUGGAGGCGUGGAGCAUGCUAUUCUGCAUCUUCUCUACGCUCGUUUCAUUUACAAGUUCCUGAUGUCGUCUUCUGACUCGGCCAAGCAAGUCAACACCAUCCACGAGCCCUUCAAGAGACUUAUUACCCAGGGUAUGGUUCACGGUAAAACAUUCAGCGAUCCCGCCACGGGUCGCUUCUUGAAGCCAGACGAUUAUGACCUUACGAACCCUGGGAAGCCGCUUGUCAAGGCCACUGGCGAGCCAGCGUUGGUGACGUACGAGAAAAUGUCAAAGUCCAAGCACAAUGGUGUUGACCCGACAGAUUUUAUCGCACAGUACGGUGCAGACGCAACACGCGCCCACAUGCUGUUCCAGGCACCAGUCUCUGACGUCCUUAAUUGGGACGAGAAUAAGAUUUCAGGCGUAACCAGGUGGCUCGGCAAGCUCUACGAGGCGAUCCAACGACUUGAGGGUCGCGCCACCAGUGUCGAUACUGCACCAAUGACUUACUUGGAGGAGACGAGGGGCAAACCAAGCUGGGAUGCCGAUGUGACCAUCUGGCGCCAUGUUCAGCACACAAUCCCUUCGGUUACAGCCUCAUAUGAACGGGUUUACUCGCUGAAUACGGUCGUUUCGGACCUCAUGGGCCUCACCAACACCAUUCUCGCAAACCGCGACGUUGCCAGCGAAACGAUCCAGGUUGCGGCAGCGUCUGUCCUGUUACGCAUGCUCGCACCCAUCACGCCCGCCUUUUCGGAUGAGUGCUGGAGCAUCUUGCACUCACCGUCUGCGGAUUCCAUAUUUGCUGGCCCAUCCUUCCCCGAAACCGAUGGAUCUCUGGAUGUGCUUCAGCCGAGCACGCAGAAGUGCGCUGUUCAGAUCAACGGAAAGCUUGCUGUCGUGGCCGAGAUUCCGCAGCCACCGGCAGACCUCAAGGACAAGAAGGCUGUCGAGGAGUGGAUCGUCAAGCAGAUCCUUGAGAGCGAGAACGAUGAAGUCAAAGAGAAGCUGGCGCGCCGACAAGGAUUGUCCAAUGCCAAAACUAUUGUGAUCCGGGGCGGGAAACUGGUAAACUUUGUGCUACCAAAAUAG